AAAAAACACACACACACACACACACACCACCUGCAUCAUCAUCUGCAUGCUCUGUUUUUGAUCGUCGUCCUCAUUUUCUCUCCACCUCUUCUUCUUCCUCUUAAUAGCUAUUCAGUUACUGACAAAAAAAAAAACCCCAUCAAAACCCAUAUCAGAAACCAGAGGAAUAAAGAAACCAUGACGAAUCCACUCAAAAAAUUUGUGAAUGAUGUACGGAAUAAUGCGGGGAGCCGCAAGAAGACUAAUACAGCUGACUCAAAAGAUUCAUCCCGGAGUGAUGAUGCUCCUAAAGAAGAAGAAAAGAAGCCGGAAGUCGAAGCAAAAGGUCCUCCCAAUCCACCUGAUUCCUCCAAGAUCCAAGGGUCGUCGUUAUAUGGUCUUGUUCUUCCUGAUGAGCAUUCAAAUAAGACUCUGUAUCUUCGUGACGCUUCCGGAGUUGAAAUCCAAGCAGGCCUUUGGAAAAUCCCCCCACCGUCGGCGACAAGAACUGAGAUUGUACCUCCGAGACGCGGAGUCGGAUCAACGAAGCCCAUUUCAGCCAGUGUCCAAUCUGGUCAAACUUCUGGUGCUGGGAAAUCCCCUGAUCUGAAUCAACUAGAUGCUUGCAAUGCUAUAAAACUUCCCCUUCGAUGCGGCAUUUGUGAUAAAAGAAAACCAAUAAAGGAUUUGGAACUAACUGCUGGAUGCCCACAUUGUUUCUGCCAUGAAUGUAUCAAGGUCUAUGCUACCAGUAAGGUAAGGGAUAAAGCUCAGAGGGCAAUUUUUGUCGAUGUGCGUUGCCCAGUAGAAGGGUGCGAGGAAAACUGGCAACCAAAAAUACUGAGGAAUUUUCUUGAUGACGAAGUCAGAAAAAUCUGGGAAAUCAAUCAUGAGUUCUGGAAUUCAGAAGAUGCUCAAGUUGCUGGUUCUGGUGAAUCUUCCGAUUUGGACAAAAAGUUUGACGCUAAGAACCCAACAGCACAUCAAGAUGAUUAUCAGCAAUAUGGCGAUGAAGAAACCCAACGUAAAAUUCAGCAAGUCUUAGAAAGGAAUCGCUAUGGAAGUUCUUCUUCUCAAAGUUGUGGUAUCCGUAUGCGAUCCCCGGAUCAAAAAGGUACUGCUUUUGUUCUUUACCGUAUCCUGGUGAACUCAGGGGAUUCAAUUUUGGUUUCAGGGUGCUGA